AUCACUCAUCUUCAACUUCGAAACACUUCAAAAAAUAUAUGUGAAUUUUGUUGUCUCAUUUUUAUCAUUGUGUUAUUUUAUAAUAAUUCGAAAAUGAUUUCAUGUGGCAAUCUGUCUCGUGUGUUCAUAAUAUUGGGUGUUUUUCUAACAACCGUAUAUACCCAAGACGUGUGUGUGAAGAAAGGACCUUGUACAUGUGAAUUUCCGAAUGGCACCGGUAUUGACUUAACGCCAAGUGCAAAAUCACCUUAUUUCAGCACGCAGAUAUACAAACUGGAGAACAAUGGCACAAGAUUGGCUCUAAGUACAUUCUACUAUCAUCCUUGUAAUGAUGUUGUACUCCCAAUAAACACGAGUGCCGCUUCCUUCACAACAUGCAAAGAUUCCUUAGCGUUGUGUUGGUAUAUAAGCUUCAUGGACCUAUUAAACACAACAAAGGAUACAUUUAAAAAAGAUGGUGGGAACUACCAGUACUUGGGUACAUCCAAUUCUUCUGAUUUUACAGCUGAUGGCAAAUCUAUAAUAUAUCCUAAUGUUCCAUCGUCCACUGUGGUAAUGUUAAUAUGUGCGACAACUGAGGACCAGUUAGAAGUCUAUUCACUUGCAGAUCAAUCCAGAAUUGUACUAGCUUUUUAUUCAAAAGAGGCGUGUUUGAAGCAGAUUGAAGAGCCUGGCCGUUCACUUGGAUCUACCCUACUUAUAAUAUUCUUUUCAUUUGUGAUACUCUACCUUGUCCUUGGAAUAUGCACAAAGAAAUUCCUGAUGGGUGCAACUGGCCUUGAAGUGAUACCUAAUUUGGCAUUUUGGUCAGAUUUACCUAACCUUGUUAAGGAUGGCUGGGCGUUUGCGAUUAAUGGGUUCAAACUGCCUAAUCGCGGCCCCGGCCCCGUGACGUCACCGGACCCGAACAGCUAUGACAGCAUAUAACAUCAGAGGGAGGACCCCCUCAACGAAGGUCAGCUCGUUUUGAUUGAGUAACCUCAAGUUUUAUAUGGACUUUGUUAGUUUAGUAACGACUUUCGGUCAUUGUUUACGUGACGCCAUUCUGAAGAUACCACAUGAUCUGGGCGAGCAGUUUGUGAUAAUAUAUUCCUUAGGUCGCGAUCCUUUCUAUGCCUAUCGUGGUGUUUCCCGAAAAACUCCGCGCGUCAAAUGGUUUGAUUCAGACAAUAUUCGCUUGCGUCGCCACUUUUGGUGCAACGCAAACUUCGCAAACAUUUGGUGGGUCACUAAUGUACGAAAACGUCGCCGAUGUCAGUGCAAUAACAUUUUAUAUCGCCGUUAAUGUUUAUUAGAUAAUGUGGCUGUAGCAUUACGGUGAGCCCAGUUUAGUUUUAGAGUUGGAGCCGAGUAUCUAAACGAAUUGUCGACACUUAAUGAUAUUAUCGCUUACUGGUCAACUAAGUUAUAUCACCGCCGUUAUCACCUGAGUAGUCCCAUUGUAUAAAUUAACUCUUUCCCCCCGAAAUAGCGUAACCGACAAAUCAAAAUUGUUUCCAAAAGAAGCUUUAUUUAAAUACUUUUUAAACCGUUUCUGUUGUUUUUUUUUAUGAUUUUUCGGUUAUGUUCAUUCAGCGGUGAAGGCUCGAUAUAUUACCACACUCCUCAUAAUAUGAUAAUAGGCAGUACUUUAGUUACAUAAUUCGACACUCGAUCCAAGUAGCGAAGUGCCUGUUCGGUAUCCUAGUGCCAUUUUCUAUCAACUCGAAUCUUACUACUCACUUAACUACAAUGUGGAAUACAAAAUGUUGACUGCUUAAUGUGUAGUAUUCUUAUUAAUCAGAACCUGGAACAUAUUUAGCUCGAUAUUUUUUUCUACGCGAAAUUUACUGUUGUAUUGUGAUCUCAUUGUAUUAUUAAAGCGUAUUUUUUUUAAAUGAUUAUAAUCUACCGGUAACAAAAUGAUUUAUGCAUAUUCAUGUGAAUAAAUGAUAACAUAUUGUAAAGCACAUUGAAGGCCAUCAUAGCUUCUAAUGACUCUAAAGUACAUACCAUGUCUAAGUCUGCUAAUACAAUUGUGUUUCAGUAGUUGAUUAAUGAAAAAAGGUAAUAAUGAAAAAAAAACUACUUAAAACGUAUUUUGAAUAAAUUUUUUUAUAGCUCUUUUGCAAUUAAAGUAAUUGUGCGACAAUUGUAAGCUUACCGUAUAUAGGCAACAGUCGCUUUCUUGAUAGCAACUUUAAUACUUUAAUACCCUUUAAUACCUCGUUCUAUUAAGCAAUUUGAUCAAGUGGCGAGUAAUUUAAUAGCUGAAUAUGUCUGAACAGCAAAAAAAUAGUCGAUUAGUUUAGUGAGUGUUUAAGUUCUUUCAUACAACUUUGUAUUUUUUUCCACAUCGCGUCAUUGCUCAUCAGUUCCUUGACUAAACAACAUGUCGUUUUGGGCCCCUAUUUCCAAGGUCAACCGGACGUGGGUCCUUACCACAGUUACCGGGGCGUUUGGACUAAACCAAUUCUCCAAAAGCCCACCCCAGGCCAUAACGUCGAGCCUUGCCGAGGUCUGAGUCCUCGCAGGAGACAUCCUCGGGUCGACGCCUUUCCUUCCCCCUGAUAUCGUCGAGCACUUGGGUCUGUUCUCAUGCCGAAAUUUCGCGCUUGCCGUAUUUCCCCGGUGACACUGUUGCAUUCUUAAGGAGUUAUGCUGUCCUUCCGAAAAAGAAAAGGAACCUGUCGUUUUAGUUAGAUUUCUUAGCUGACGUAAAAUCUUGUGAGAGUAUACUUUUUUUGAUUGGUAACUAACAAUUGUAGUUACCGAAAAUGACGUGCUAUCAAUUGACUCAGCGUUUCGAUGCUGGGUAGAAACCGAUAAGAGGGUAAUGGGUCUAAUAUAUCUGCCAUAUCUCUAAGAGUUUAGCCCCCUACCAUCUUAGAGUGCACUGAAAAAAAAAAGAAAAAAAAAUAUGUAGCUAGGUUUUUUGUUACUUAGGCUAGGGUCCAGUUGCGCAUGUUCAUACUUUUUGUAUUCAAUGAUGUAUUCAAAUGUUUUUGAUUUUGUGCGUGCGUGUGAUAUUGUUUUGUGCUGGUUUACCUUUUAGAAUAUAUAUUUUUAUUAGUUACAUUGUUAGAACCAUAAUGCAAUAUUAUUUUCACACCUAACAAUAUAUCUUCGUAUUUACUUUUUCUUAUAUUUAAAUGUAUGUUAAAAGAUUGCAAAUAUUAUGUUGUCGUUUUUUUUCAUUAUUUAAA